AUGGACGUCCACGCCAACGACACAUUUAUCAACUUCUAUGCGGGUGCGCCCCCGCUGAACCGGCUCUCCUUCGUGCGCUCCAAAGCCGAUGUGCUGAACGCGCAUCUCUCGCGCGCCAAGUUCCUCGUCUUCAACGAGGGCAAGCCGCUCGUGCACAAGGGCAAGAUCUCGUCGCCGUACCUCGUCGACCUGCCCGCCGUGCAAGCGCUGGUUGGCGACGGUUUUCUGUCGCCGCCCGAGGGCGCCGCGAACGCGAAGGCGGAGGAGGCGCGGCGCGCGGGCUGCAUCCUCGUCUUCCUCGGCGUCGACGAGCGCGGCUGUCCUCCCGGCGAAGACCUGCUCAAGCCGCACGGCACUCCCUACUUCGCGAUUGACGCGACGCCGGCCGGCGUAGGACUGUACGCCGUGCCCGGCGACGCGGAGGACGCCGCGCGGCAGGGCACUUUCUCCGCGCCGCCGGACAGCGAGUGGGCGGACGCGCGCAUGUCCGCGUCGCUCAUGGACGCGUGGCAUGCCGGCCUAUUCGCGUCCGGCCGCCCCAUCGUCGACUGGAACGCGCGUAACCGCUACUGCCCUGCGUGUGGACGGCAGACGUACUCGCUCUGGGGCGGGUGGAAGCGGAGCUGCGUCACGGCGCGUGGCGGGCCCGAGGAGCGCAAGAAGUGCUUCUCCAACACCGGGCUGCACAACUUUGCGCAUCCCCGCACGGAUCCCGUCAUCAUCAUGGGCAUCCUCGACGAGACGGGCGACCGCAUGCUCCUCGGCCGCAACAAGAGCUGGCCGAAGGGCAUGUACUCGUGUCUCGCGGGAUUCAUCGAGCCAGGAGAGAGCUUUGAGGAGGCGGUCAGGCGCGAGGUUCUUGAGGAGGCCGGCAUUGUCGUCGGGCCCGUCCGAUACGGCUCGUCUCAGCCGUGGCCGUACCCUGCCAACCUCAUGGUUGGGUGCUACGGGCGCGCCCCCGGCGGCCAGACCAUCCGUCUCGACCUCGACAACGAGCUUGAGGAUGCGCAGUUCUUCCCCCGCUCCGUCGUCGCGCGCGUCGCAUCGUCCAAGUUCGGCUCCAAGUUCACCAAGGAUGACUACAACCAGCUGGACAAGGCGCAGGAGGACCGCGACAUCAACGCGCCGGCCAUGAUCGACCCCCGGCCCAUGGACAAGUUUGACAACUUUACCAAGUGCCCGCCCGCGACGGCUAUUGCGGGUGUCCUCAUGCGCCAGUGGGCGCUCGGCACGCACGCGACGCACCUCGUCAGCAGCCUUUGA